CAAAAAUGAGAAUCGUUAUAGCGCUAUUGAUUGGUUUGGCAUUAAGCAAAUUGGCCGCAGAUCCAAAAGUUGUGCUUGCAGAAAUCGACAACAAUCAUAUGGGAAAAACAUUCUUGAAUGCCAUUUAAAUUAGUUUAGCCACAGGAUCACCAGUGCAUGAAAUUCAGAGCUAUAUCAAUAACAUCAGAUUCAUGUUGGAAUAAGAACAAAAAGACUCUGAUCUUUACAUCCAAAAUACACAAGCCUCAUGUAACAGAUUGCUUCAUGAUUUCUCUACUAAUUUGGCAUAUCAUCAAAGCCAAUUGAAAGCCCACACUAAAAUUGUGGAUGAGAAUACAAACAAUUUGCAAAGAUCAUUAAACAAAAUCGCUGAAGUGUCUGUUGAAAUCGAAGAGAACUCCAAAAAAACAAAUGCAGGACAAAGCGAAAGAGAUUUACAAUAUGCUGAAUUCCAAUCCAAAAUCAAGGAUCACACUGAAGCCAUCUCAGCCAUCGAUGAAGCUUACGCUUUGAUUGAGCAUUUAUCAGGAGGAUCUUCAUUCAUUCAAGUCAAAGGAAGAUUUAACAAAGUCUUGUCCAGAUUGUAGAGUCAAUCAACAUCCAGCGGAUUAUUGUUCUAACCAAUUCUAACUAUGAUGACUCAACUCUCCUCUAAAUCUGACUCAGAUACAGCCAAGAAGGUGCUUCAAUUGUUGGCCAAUUUGAGAGUCCAAAUUGUAGAGAGCAAAUCAAGUGAUGAAGAUAUUGAAAAACAAUAAAGUUUGAACUGGUAAUAGUUCUUGUCAGACUUAACCAAUGAAAGAAACACUUUGUCCGAUUAAAGAUAGAACCUUGAACAAGCCAUCUUAAAUUACCAAAGCAUCAUCGAGGAAUCCUAAGGCAAAGUUGAAUACCAUGCUGCUGAGGUAGAGAGAAAUCAAUCCAAUUUAGACGGAUAAGACCAAUGGUGCAGACAAUAACAAGACAUUUAUUAAAUGGAAACUCAAUCUAGAGUGCAAUUACAGGACUUGAUUUCCAGAAUUUCAGAUCACAUCCAAGAUAAGAUUGUUACUCUUAAGGAAUAUCUUAGAGAAAGACUCUAAUUAAAUUGAGAUUAACAAAAA